AUGAGUCAAGAAACAUCAUCCUCGUCGUCGUCGAAAUGCGGUUUUUUUGCCGCACCUUUAUGUCACCACUCCUCCUCUCGCUCGUAUUCUUCGAAAAGUCACGCGAAUACUGCGAUGAAACCGUGGGCGACGGAAGAGGAGUUACGUUUGCUCUCCGUGCACUUGAAAUCCGUUCGAGAGAAAGCAGCCGCUGCUUCAGAAAAUGUUCGUCGAUCGAAAGACGACGAUGCCAAUGAUACAUAUUUAGUUUCAACAAACACUGAUUAUAAGUUGUGCGCGAAAACGUUUCGAGAGUAUAACCCGGAAUUACUCGCAAAACACUUCCAGAAGCAACCGUUCAAAGUGCUCAAGCGAAUGAUUGAGAUUGUAUCGUCGAUGACGUUCGUCGGCGCUCGGGUGUAUUUUAAAGUCGGCGAUACGGAAUCCAGGGCGAAGUUUUUUAGGGACGAGUUAGUUAAACUAGGACCGGCGUUCGUGAAGUUUGGGCAGGUUUUAUCGACGAGAGAGGACGUGUUGCCGCGAGAAUAUUGCGAGCAGUUGGCGGAGUUGCAAGAUUCGAUGGCGCCGUCGGAUUUGGCGAGUUCGAGGGAGUUUUUGAAGUUACACUUAGAGUGCGAGCCGGAAGCGGCGUUCGCGACGUUUGAUCCGACGCCGAUAGCGGCGGCGAGUUUGGCGCAGGUGUAUAAAGCGACGUUAGUUGGGAGCGGGAAAGCAGUCGCGGUGAAGUUGCAGCGACCAGAGGCGUUCGAGAACGUCGCUUUGGAUAGUUACGUGUUACGAUUGGUGGCUAAAUAUAGCGCGAAGAAUCCAAUCAAAAAGUUCAAUUCUGACGUGGUGAGAAUAGUGGACGAAUUAGUCGGACGAUUAUUCGAAGAGAUGGAUUACGAACGCGAGGCGAAGCAGUGCAAUCGAUUUCGAGAGACGUACCAAGACGGAAAGAUUGCCGGUCGCGUGAGAGCGCCAGUCGUCGUCGACGCGUUGUCGACGAGUCGAGUUUUAACCAUGGAAUUCGUCCAAGGCGAACGCAUCGACGGGUUACAAAAGCUCUACGGCGACGAUUCGUCGUGGGAACUCGACGAAAAAGGCGGCGGCAAGAGGAAGAAAAGAAACAAAACAAAGUUCAUGAAAGAGUUUCAGCCGCACGAAAUCCUUCGACGAGGCGUGCGGUGUUCUUUACACCAACUGUUGGCGACUGGUUUCAUGCACGCGGAUCCGCACCCGGGAAAUUUAAUCGUCGACGAACAAGGCGCUUUGGUGUAUUUAGAUUUCGGCACGUGCGUGUACGUCCCGCAGUUCCAAAGACGAGCGAUGAUUCGAGGUUUGAUUGGUUUCGUCAAUCGAGACGCGGAAUCGUUGGUGAGCGAUUUGAAAACGUUAGAUUUCUUACCCGAGGACGCCGACGACGAAGCGUGCGUCCAAGCACUGACGAAGGUGUUCGACGAACGAGGCAAUCGAAUUCGAGACUCGAACGAUUUCAUGGCGGUCAUCACGCAACUCACGGAAGCUUUGUUAUACAAAGGAUUCCGACUGCCGCCGACGUUUGCGAGAGUCUUGAGAGCUUUAGCCGCUUUAGAAGGUACCGCGCAAGCCAUCGAUCCGAAUUUCAAAGUUUUAGAGCAAUCGUAUCCGUACGUUUUAGCCAGAGUGACGAGCGACCGGUCGCCGGAAAUGCGAUCGGCCGUGAGACGGUUGUUGUUGGACGAAAAGAGCGGGAAAGUUCGAUGGGCGAGGUUGAGAAGAUUAGUCGAGGCGUACGCCGAGAAAGGCUCGGAAGUUUCCGGAGAGUUUCAUAAAACGAGGAGGAGUAAAAGCGGCGCUAGAAAUAGAAAAAAUACUACAAAGAGUUUAGACGACGAUGAUGAUGAUGAUGACUUUUCUUUCGAAAACGAAGAUUUAGACGAAGAAGACGACUUAUACCUCAACGAUUUCGAUCGGGCCAGAGGCGUCACGAAAGCGGAAAAGUUGCGAAGAGAAAACGCGUUUGAAUACUUCCGCGACUUCUCCCGCAAAUCCGCCAAAGGCGUCAAGACGUUGGUUGAAGACGUCUUUUGUAGCAGCAAAAACAGCGGCGGUCAACAUCAUCGGAAUUUUGAGGAAGAAACCGUCGACAAAAACGAAUACGAAAAAGAAGAAAACCACACCGAUACAUCGUCGGAAUCUCCAGCCGUAGACGCGGUCGAAGACGCCUUGCGCUUCCUCUUCUCCAAAGACGGAAAAAUCGUUCGCGACAACGUCGUCGAGGACGCCCUGGACGCCCUGGAGGCUUUCUUCGACGAUAAUUCAGACGACGACGAUCACUCAAAAGAUGAUACCGAUACCGACAUAAACGACGUAGAAAAGAAGAAGACAAAGAAGAAAGAAAACGUCGGCGACCAAAUCACCCUCGACCAACUCCUCCUGGCGUUCAAAGCGACCCGCGCCGCGACCGCCGAACGCCCGGACUUAUGGAUCCCAGCCGUCGGCAAAUACGUCUUCGAAAAAGAAUCCGUGGACAUGGCGUAUAUGUUUAUUUCCGGAAUGCUCGAGCGUGCACCUAGAAAAGAAGACGAUUUGAAAGAGACUUUGACGAGCGAAAGCGACGACGAAACGUCCAGAUUUGGCGGAUUUACGGACGGAUGCCGUUCUCGCCGAAACCAUCUCGACGUCGCCGAAAUCGCCCGAAGAGUCAUCCACGCGGCGACCAGAAAAAACAAAAAGAAGACUCAAUGA